UGAAGAAUCAACAUCAACUCCAGAUGAAGAGACAGAGCCACAGAACAGAGAUCAGAGGAAGAGAAGAGACAGAAGUCAUGCCCAAAGUAUGGCCAGCUCUCACAUGUCAGAAGGUCAGUGUGACUCUGUUGUUAGAAAUAAGUUCAAGAUGAAAACUUCUGUUAAGAAACAUAAACAAUGCCAAAAAGAAAUGAGACUUUCCUCUGCAGGGUCUGGUAAAAGAACAAGAAUUCCACAUGAUGUGUCUGUCCACAUGAGAACUACAUCUGAUGAAGGACUUUAUGUCUGUGAGGAAUGUGACAGAAGUUUUAGUCACCUAUCUAAGGUCAAAGUGCACAUGAGAAUCCAUACAGGGGACAAGCCUUUUUCUUGUGAAGAAUGUGAUGCAUGUUUUAGUAGUAAAUUUAGUCUCAAAAGGCACACGAAAAUCCAUACAGGAGAAAAGCUUUUUUUGUGUAAAGAAUGUGAUGCACGUUUUAGUUGUAAAUCUCAUCUCAAAACACACAUGAGAACUCAUACAGUAAAGAAGCCUUUUUUGUGUAAAGAAUGUGACAUAAGUUUUAAUCAAAUAUCUAAUUUCAAAAAGCACAUGAGAACUCAUACAGGAGAGAAGCCUUUUUUGUGUAAAGAAUGUGAUAAGAGUUUUAGUAAAACAUCUAGUCUCAAAACACACAUAAGAACUCAUUCAGGAGAGAAGCCUUUUUUGUGUAAAGAAUGUGAUAAACGUUUUAGUCAAACAUCUAGUCUCAAAACCCACAUGAGAAUUCAUACAGGAGUAAAGCCUUUUUUGUGUAAAGAAUGUGAUAAAAGUUUUAGUGAUAAUUCUGGUCUUAUAGUGCACAUAAGAACUCACACGGGAGAAAAGCCUUUUUUGUGUAAAAAAUGUGAUAAAACAUUUAGUUGCACAUCUCACCUCAAAAAACACAUGAGAACUCAUACAGGAGAGAAGCCUUUUUUGUGUAAAGAAUGUGAUGCACGUUUUAGUGAUAAAUCUUAUCUCAAAACACACAUGAGAACUCAUACAGGAGAAAAGCCUUUUUCCUGUAAAGAAUGUGAUGCACAUUUUAGUGAUAAAUCUGUUCUCAAAACACACAUGAGAACUCAUACAGGAGAGAAGCCUUUUUUGUGUGAAGAAUGUGGUGCACGUUUUAGUGAUAAAUCUAAUCUCAAAACACACAUGAGAACUCAUACGGGAGAGAAGCCUUUCUCGUGUAAAGAAUGUGACAGAUGUUUUAGUCAAAUAUCUAAUCUCAAAGCACACAUGAGAACUCAUACAAGAGAGGAGCCUUUUUCUUUUAACCCUUCCGCUAUCUUUAAGAUUAUUCCACCCUUGUAUUGAUGUGUGGUUCUUCCCAUGAUAAAUGUGGAUGAAGAUGGACAGGAUUUAAUGUCUGCCACAGACAUCAGUGAAACUCAAAAAACAAUUAAUAAAAAAAGUUCAGUGCGCUGUCUUCUAGGGUCCAUAUGACCCCACUAGCAAUGUCAGCAUACCUAGGAUAAUGGAAGGGUUACAUAAGUAAAAUUCACAGCAGAGGCCUCGUGAUGAAAAGAUAAUAUGGUUUAUCUAGGACGGUUUACAUAUUGUGAAAAAAAUGUUUCCAUUAUUUUAAGGGUCAUGUAAAAUAAACUUUUAAAAAGUUCAAUAUAAUGUUUAUUCCUCACUAUAAACAACCCCAAAGCUGUAUUUUGAUCUAUUCAUGUAUUCCCCAGUAAUCAUCAAAAAAUCUGUGCUCUGAGCACCAGCCCCUCCUAACCCACAAAAACAAACUGACAUCACAAAGUGAGGACGGCCCCUUUCAGGAAGUGUCUCCACUGCCAGCACUCCCCCAGGCUAAACGCCUUCAAAAUUCUUUAAUUUUAGCAUUGACUUUGAGAAGAAAUGGGUUCCUCUUUCACCUGAUCUGCAGAGACAUAGAUCUAAAUGGAUAUAGUUUACUCUGAAAGGCUUAAGAAUGGCAUCAUAAAGACCCUUAAAACGGUCUGUCAGUUGGUAAAAUUAAGUUGGUUUCUAAAACACUUCACUGCCGACAAGCUGUGUGGAGAUUGUGCUUUUAUUUUCCAGCAGAACUUGGAUCAUUUCCACUCUACUAAAGGUACCUAAAGCUGCUUAUCCCUAAACAUCUGUUUCCGUGUUUGAUCAACCAGCAAAUUCCCUGACCUGAACCCAAUAAAAAAUCUAUGAAGUGUUUUUAAAGAGGAAGAUGAGACAGCAGAGCCAACAAUGAAGAUGAGCUGAAGUCAGCUAUCAAAGCAACCUGAGCUUUCAUUCCAUGUACACAGAGCCACAGGCUGAUGGCCUCCAUACCACAUUGAUGCAGUCAUUCAAUGAAAAGGAGGAACAAGUGAUUAUUGAAUGCAGAGAAAAGAACAGUUUUCUGAAAUCUGACAUUUGCUGAAACAUCCUUUGUGCUUCUUCUGAUUGAAUAUUCUCAUUUUCUAAAACUAUUUUUUAGGUUUUCAUCAUUUCAGUCAUUAUGAUCAUAUUGAUCAAAAUAAAGGACUUUUUAAUGAUUCUAUACAUCAAGAGUUUCACUUUUGUGUUGAUUAACAAAAAUAUUUAACUUGAAAAUGAAAUGUCUUCUUUUGGAUACACCUGUAAGUAUAAUUGUGUUGUCUUGAACUUUGACUUGAAUCAUGAACUAUGUUAGACUAAGUGUUUUAGAAAAAAAUGAUGCAGUUCAAUUUUUGUUGGUUGAAUUUUUUUUAGUCAAAUUUUGUAUUUUUUUAUAUUGUUGUUCAGGUAAGCAUUGUGGUAGUAGUUUAUGUUGAGACAAUGUGUGUGUUACCAUGAAAACACUAAAAUUAGUUUUACACAUUUGUAAUUCUAACACUGAUUUUUGAAUAUUUCAAUAUUGUUUUUUUUAAGAAUAAAAUAAUUGCAGUUUAUAUUUUGUUGAUUCAUGUUUGUAAAUAACAGUUUUGUGAGAGUCCGACCGGUGUUUGUGUUGUUGUGAUUCGUGUUUUGUAUCAGAGAUUAGAAGUGUUUCUCUGUUCUUUUUAGUCGUCAGUGUUCUGUUCCAAUCUUUCCUGUGAAGAAUAAAGUGGACGUGAACAUCA